AUGGCCGUGCCUUCGUGGGCGCGUUGCGCGCGCGCCGCUCGCUGGCUGUGCGAGCCGCGGCAUCCAGUGGAUCAGCCGUGCAAGGCAGAGGCACUUGGCAUGGUCCCCGAAGGGGAGUCUGAGCCAACGAAGCUGCGGGAAGUGCGGCAGCCGUCGAAGCACCCGGCGUUCGGAGGCACGUCGGAGGAGCUGCGAGCGGCGCGGCAUACUGAGCUGGACCUGCUGUCUGAGCUCCUCCGCGACCGGACGCGGAGCGAGGAGACCAAGAAGAGCCUGAAACAGAAGAUCCAGCGCCAGCAAGCAGAGCUGAACCUGGCGCAUGAAGAGCUGGCGUUGGCCCACAGCCAGCUGCGGGAGGAGCGCGAGGCCGCCUCCGAGCUGCGAGAAGAGCUGAAGAAGCGGGAUGCCACGAUCGAGAAGACGAUGGUGCGGGAGCAGCAGGCUCAAGCACGGCACGACGAGCUGGUGCUGCUGCGGGAGCUGCUGAGGGACAGAUUGGAGGUUGGAGCUAGAGAGGAACAGCUCAGCCGGGAGAUGGCGGCCCUGCGUGCCGACGUGGAGACGGCUCAGGGGCAGCUGCGCGAGGAGCGGGCGGCCGCGGAGGCAGCUGCGGAGGCAGCGAGAGCCCAGCUCAAAGAGGUUGAGAAUUUAAAUGAGUUUAUGGUGAAGAACUACGUCAAUGAGGUGCACAGAAGAAGGGGAGUGGAAAGAGUAAGUUGUGAACUGGUGGAGGAGGUGGGAAAGCUUUGCCCGGAUCUGGCUCUUCUCUUCAAGGAGCAGCUUGCAGAACCAACUCCCUCGCAGCCCUCACUGCCGGGCGCGACGGAAUUGGCGGGACAAGCGUGCAAACUGGGAUCGGAAAGAGCCCGAGCAACCCCACUGGCCCCUUGCGGCCGACCAUGA